GCAACGCUGCCCCAGAGGGCUAACGCUGGCCCCGGGGUAACCCCGGGGACCUGCACCACCCCAGCAGCCCCCCUGAAGCUUUGCAAAAUGCAGACCGGGUGCUUGGCAGCAGCAGGAAGGAAUCAGGUUUUCGGGAAGCAGGGAAAGUGAUGCAGUGUUCACCCCAACUCCAUCCCGGAGUCGGUAGGGUGGUGCCAGCGACAACUGCCAGGUCCGCGGGAUGCCAUCAGAGGAGGGGGACGCUCCUGAAGCCAGGAUGCGGGGCAGGGCUUGCACGGGGAGGCAGAGGCUUGGCGUGGGAACGGGCAGGACAGAGAAGCUUCUGGGUGAUCCAGAGCAGGAGGAAGCAGAGCUGGCGGCUCUCCCGCCCGGCUCGCAGAGCCUGUGCCAGCUGGGGCAGCAGCAGCCGGUGCCACAUUCCCGACAGCCCAGCUCUCCUCCUCCCGCAGGUGCUGCCUGCUCCGAGCCUGCUGCUACGCCCGGCUGGCAGCGCGGCGCUGCCGCCUGGGACCCGUGCAGCCCCUCUCUGUGCCCCGGGCAGGGAUCCCCACCUGCAGCUCGGGGACGCGCUGCCAGCGAGGCGCCUGCAGGUGCGAGCGGGCGGCGCGGCUGUGCCGGGCCCGGCUCGGCCAGGCCCGGCUCGGCCAGGCCCAGCUCCUACGCCGCGCAGGGUGCCGGGGACGAGCCGGACGCUGCUGAGGCAAAAACUCCCUUUGCGAAACCAUCUCCGGGCUGAUCGGCGAAGGGACGGCGCCGGCAGCUCUUCCCAGCCCUGGCGAGUCUCCUCCUCGGGGCUUUUUGGCUUCGAGGCGAGGACAAGAAGCGUCCGGUCAAGAGGAGCGGGAGCAGCGCUGACCUGAUGUCCAGCACGGCAAAACAAGGGAGGAGUGGACACCUGCCCCUCGUCCCGGUGAGGGGCGGGAUGGGAAGCGUCCCCCUUGGCAGCCUGUCCGCUCCCUCCGCUUCCUGCUUCUCAGCAAAUUCCCUCCUGUUGCUCCAAAAUAAAACCAGAGAGCCCAAA